AGGCGGGCUGGAGGGGGCCCGCGCAGGCGCGUUGGGCGGGGGAGCUCUGCUGCUGGGGACCAUGGCAUCUAACUACCGAAAAUCGAGCUCAAGUACAGUCCAACGGAAGAAGGUUUCUGUGAAAACUGAACUGACCGAGGAGCAAAAGCAGGAGAUUCGAGAAGCCUUUGACUUGUUUGAUGCGGAUGGGUCUGGGAGUAUAGAUGUGAAAGAGUUGAAGGUUGCCAUGCGUGCUCUAGGCUUUGAGCCAAAGAAAGAGGAAAUUAAAAAAAUGAUAGCUGAUAUCGACAAAGAAGGAUCUGGCACCAUUGAUUUUGAAGAUUUUUUAGCCAUGAUGACCCAGAAAAUGAAUGAGAAAGAUUCAAAAGAAGAAAUUUUGAAAGCCUUCCGAUUGUUUGAUGAUGACGGGACUGGAAAGAUUUCAUUCAAAAAUAUUAAGAGGGUGGCCAAAGAGCUGGGGGAGAAUUUAACAGAUGAAGAACUGCAGGAAAUGCUUGAUGAAGCAGAUCGUGAUGGGGAUGGAGAGAUAAAUGAACAAGAAUUUUUGAGAAUCAUGAAGAAGACCAGCCUCUAUUAGUGCUUUGUUGACUUUUUGAAAGGGUAUUAUUAUCAUUGUGCUACGUAUUUCUGUGAAUAAAUCUAAAGAUGUGUACUUUUAGUUUACUUGAAAAUAAUUAACUUUAUGACCAAAUAUAGUGUCUGAAUCAGGGGAUACCAUGCUCUUUCUGAUUGGGUUUCUACCUCCCCUUAUCAAUUUGUUAUUUUUGCCUUCAGAAGGUUUUCUGUGUUUUUCCUGCAUUGACCACAUUACACAUGCAUUGAACCCUAAAACGGACAAUGGGUAGGCCGACCUUUACCUUUUUGGAGACUGCUCCUGUCUUGCUAUUUUUUUGUGCUCUCUCCAAGCUUUUCAACUCAAUGUUUCUGAUGCCAAUUAUAUCCUCAAACACCAAACAUUUCCCCCUUCCUAGAAUAGGAGGGAAGAUGUACUCAUUUUGGGACUUGAUCAAUAAUAUUUUCUGAGCAGCCACUGCUCAGAACAUUCUACAUUCUACAAGUAGUACUCUUAGUAGCCAAGGAAGAAAUUUUAAAGGAAUCAGGGCAGCUAAAAGUCACAACAUUCUACAAAUAGUAGAAAGGAAUCAGUGCAGCUAAAACACACAACAUUCUACAAGUAGUACUCCUAGUAGCCAAGGAAGAAAUUUUAAAGGAAUCAGUGCAGCUAAAAGUCAUCGACCUGAGAGGGACGGACACAAAAUGAAAAUUAACUGUAAGGUUGUGGACAGGGGACAUGUCUACCAACUCUGUUGUAGUAUACUCUCCCAAGUGCUCAAUACAGUGCUUUGCACAGAGUAAGUGCUCAAUAAAUGCCAUUGAUUGACUAAUUUGAGGAGGUGCCUUCUAUAUAUAGGCAGGUCCAUGCAUUUCCCUCCAUCCAAUAUAUUGAGCCACUCUUAGAGUAGGCAAGAAAGAGGAAGUAUCCUACUAAUGUAUCAGGGAAGAUAAGGAUGGAGAAAGGGUAUGCAUUUAGCUGUGUACCCCCUUAAGCACUUUAAUACUUAUCCCGCCCCCAGUCCCACAGCACUUAAGUACUUAAGUACUUAAUUUAAUUUAAUGACUGGCUCUCCAACUGGAUUAUAAACUUCUUCUGGGCAGGGAUUAUGUCUACCAAAUCUAUUGUACUCUCCCAAGCGCUUGGUACAGUGUUCUGCACCUAGUAAAUGCUCAAUAAAGACCACUGACUGAUUGGCAGGCCCUCCUCCGUUCAAUCUCAAAAGUCCACCUUCCUCCAUCUGCAAAUCCUGUAUGGGUCAAUGACUGGAUCUGAUCUAACUCUCCUCUUCUUUUCUCAGUACUUGGAACAGUUCUAUCACAGAGUAAAUGCCCAGUCAAUUCUGACUUUAUUAAAACCCCAUACAAAUGAAGAAAACAGCUCUCACACUCACCCCCACAUUUUUCCUAAUAAGGAUAUUAUUCUAAAUCCUGAAUCUGAAUCAAGGUGUUUGCUUUUCCCUUUUAUAUACAAGCGGAGAGUAUGGUGUUAACAUGACUGUUCUACAGAAACUCAGUCAAUAGAGGGAGAUGAGAUUGUUUUAAAGUGUUGGAGGUGCGGGACAGAGGUCACACCCCGAGCAAUUCAACUGUCCUUGCUGAUGGCCAGGUAAAUUUGCAACUGCGUUACAAGAAUGGGGAAAUUCUUCUUUUCCUUCUCCUUUGAGUUUCAGCAGCCAUGAUCUAAUGGGGCAGAGUGCUCAUGAAGUACAUGUGGAUAACGUGUAGCAAACGAACCAUUACUUUCCCUGCUUCUUUUCCUUUGUACAACUCUAAAAUUAAACGGUAAGCUUUUUUUAGAAACCAAAAUGGUGUUUAAUUUCGUAGAGUGUGAAAUAAAACUGUUUGCAAGUGCAGAA